AUGGACAAGAGACAAUUUCCAUGUGACGUAUGGGAUAAAUCGUUUAGAAAUAUCACCAAAUUAACUGAACACAGGAGAACCCACACAGGCGAGAAAACGUACCAGUGUGACGUAUGCGACCAGACGUUCACCCAAAAUAUCCAUCUAACUGUACACCGGAGGACGCACACGGGUGAGAAACCGUACCCGUGCGAUGUGUGCGACAAGUCAUUCGUUAAUAAUAGCUCAUUGACUGUACACCGGAGGACCCACACAGGCGAGAAACCAUAUCCGUGCGAUGUGUGCGACAAAUCAUUCGCUAAUAGUAGCUCAUUGGACGUACACCGGAGAACCCACACAGGCGAGAAAUCAUAUAUGUGCGAUGUGUGCCACAAGUCAUUCAACCAAAACAUCCAUCUAACUGUACACCGGAGGACGCACACAGGCGAGAAACCGUAUCCGUGCGAUGUGUGCGAUAAGUCAUUCGCUAAAAGUAGCUCAUUGAACGUACACCAGAGAACCCACACAGGCGAGAAACCGUACCAGUGUGACGUAUGUGACCAGACGUUCUCCCAAAAUAUCCAUCUAACUGUACACCGGAGGACGCACACGGGUGAGAAACCGUACCCAUGUGAUGUGUGCGAUAAGUCAUUCGCUAAUAGUAGCUCAUUGAACGUACACCAGAGAACCCACACAGGUGAGAAAUCGUACCCGUGCGACGUGUGCGACAAGUCAUUCGUUAAUAAUAGCUCAUUGACUGUACACCGGAGGACCCACACAGGCGAGAAACCGUAUCCGUGCGAUGUGUGCGAUAAGUCGUUCGCUAAAAGUAGCUCGUUGACUGUACACCGGAGGACCCACACAGGCGAGAAACCGUAUCCGUGCGAUGUGUGCGAUAAGUCAUUCGCUAAAAGUAGCUCAUUGACUGUACACCGGAGGACCCACACAGGCGAGAAACCAUAUCCGUGCGAUGUGUGCGACAAGUCAUUCGCUAAUAGUAGCUCAUUGGACGUACACCGGAGAACCCACACAGGCGAGAAACCGUACUCGUGCGAUGUGUGUGACAAGUCAUUUGCUAAUUCUAACGCUUUGACUACACACCGGAGGACACACACAGGCGAGAAAUCGUAUAUGUGCGAUGUGUGCCACAAGUCAUUCAACCAAAACAUCCAUCUAACUGUACACCGGAGGACGCACACAGGCGAGAAACCGUAUCCAUGUGAUGUGUGUGACAAGUCAUUUUCUAAUAGUAGCUCAUUGAACGUACACCGGAGGACGCACACAGGCGAGAAAUCGUAUCCGUGCGUUGUGUGCAAUAAGUCAUUUGCUAAUAGUAGCUCAUUGAACGUACACCGGAGGACGCACACAGGAGAGAAAUCGUAUCCGUGCGAUGUGUGCAACAAGUCAUUCAACCAAAACAUCCAUCUAAUUUUACACCGGAGGAGGACGCACACGAGUGAAAACCCGUACCCGUGCGAUGUGUGUGACAAGUCAUUCGUUAAUCAUAGCUCAUUGACUGUACACCGGAGGACCCACAUAGGCGAGGAUCUUUAA